GACAGUCACGUGGGCGAACCGUAGCUUUAGACGAGCGCCAGCCUUGUCACGUGACCCAGGCCCCAGCUUCACGCAGGGAUGGAGCCGGAAGAGGGGACGCUCUUGUGGCGGCUGCAGAAGCUGCCGGCCGAGCUGGGCCCGCAGCUUCUUCACAAAAUAAUUGAUGGCAUUUGUGGUCGAGCUUAUCCUGUGUACCAAGAUUAUCACACUGUUUGGGAAUCAGAAGAAUGGAUGCACGUUUUAGAAGAUAUUGCCAAAUUUUUUAAAGCUGUAGUUGGUAAAAACUUAUCUGAUGAAGAGAUAUUUCAGCAGUUGAAUCAGUUGAAUUCAUUUCAUCAAGAAACUAUCAUGAAAUGUGUGAAAAGUAGGAAAGAUGAAAUCAAACAGGCUCUGUCAAGAGAAAUAGUUGCUAUUUCCUCUGCACAGCUGCAGGAUUUUGAUUGGCAGGUAAAGCUUGCACUUUCCAGUGACAAGAUUGCUGCAUUACGAAUGCCACUUUUAAGCCUGCAUCUAGAUGUAAAAGAAAAUGGUGAAGUAAAACCAUAUUCUAUUGAAAUGAGUAGAGAGGAGCUGCAGAAUCUAAUACAUUCCUUGGAAGCAGCAAAUAAGGUGGUCCUGCAGUUGAAAUAACUGGCAAUGAUGAAUACCAGUGCUAUCAGAUUUUAUUGCUCCAACUUAUAUGGCAGAGUGAAUACUGUGUGUUCAGAAACGCUGUGAUGUCUUGACUGUUGCAACAGGCUGAGAAAGCAGCAGUGUUGAUAUUAUAAAGAUAAAAAUGUAUCCACAUUCCUUAACAGGAAAUUACAUGGUUGAGAGGAAAUGCAUAAAAUGAAAGAUGAAAAAUCUAUAGUAGCAGUUUAUAUUUUCAUGAUUGUUUUGCCUCAUUUAUUAAAUACUUGAGAAAUCUUUAGAGAUACACAGUUUUAUUGAAAGCUAAAAAUAGGUUCUAAAGUAAUGUAAAAAUGUAAAGCACAAAUAUACUUGAAUAUUGCUUAAAGAAUUAUGUGAAUAGCAACAUAUAUUAUGGGUAUAUAAUUACUUUGUGAUAUUUUUUAAAAGUUUUUCAAAGAAUGUAUAAGCUGCAUAUAUAACUCAGGAGAUUCCAUGUCUUUCUCAUAUUUCAGAGGAAAGAUUAUAAAAUACAAAAUUUCUUAGAGAACACCUCUUUGUCAGAGAUAAACAAGAACAAAUACUCUAAACUUAUGUGAACAAUUUUGAGUUUAUGAAUUCUAGAAACUAAAGAAUACAGAAAAAUGAAAAUAACAGUUUUACUUCUGCACUUCUAUGUUUGGGAAACGUUGCUCUGAUAAAAAAUAGUUGCCAUUGUGCAGUGUGUGUAUUAUUCAAAUAUGAGAUAAGACUAUGUACAGGUCCACUUUUGUUAAUAAACUCAAUAUUGAAUACUUUUGAAUGUUAAAUUCAUUGGAAAAACAAACCAUUUGUAAUCUCAGUUAACUUUAACAACAAGCAUUCUGAGCAAA